AUGAUUCUCAAAUGUGAUCCGUUAUUAUUGACGCCUUUCAUUGAAUCCAAUCGUUUAGUUGAGGCUAAAAGACUGAGUUCUGUCACAGAAUUACCAAAUGCUCACAACAUUUCCAGUUAUUCCGGAUUUUUAACUGUAAAUAAAAAACUCAAUAAUAAUCUAUUCUUCUGGUUCUUCCCAGCGUUGAAUAAUGAUAAGACAGCGCCUGUGAUUCUAUGGCUUCAGGGGGGACCCGGAUGUUCAUCAAUGCUCGGCCUGUUCACAGAGAUGGGACCCUUCAAACUGGACGACAAACUCAAUUUGAUGGCCAAUAAGUACUCGUGGUCUCAAAACUAUUCAGUUUUAUAUAUCGAUAGUCCGGUGGGAACCGGAUUUAGUUACACAACUGAUGCCAAAGGUUUCGCAACCAAUGAGCAGAAUGUGGCCGAAGAUCUCUAUAACGCUUUGCAACAGUUUUUCAAACUAUUCGCUGAAUAUAAAAACAACGAGUUUUAUGUGACGGGAGAGUCAUAUGCGGGA